AUGGGUGACGCAGAGAUCAAGGCAUCGUCAUGGAGACUGGUCGAGGUCGGCCGUGUCGUCCUCAUCGCCCAAGGACCUUCUGAGGGCAAGCUGGCUGCGAUUGUUGAGAUCAUCGAUCACAAGCGCGCUCUCAUCGAUGGCCCAUCUACAGACACCAAGAGCGCUGUCCCCCGUCAAUCUAUCGCCCUCUCGAACGUCGUCCUGACCCCUCUUAUUCUCGAGAAUCUGCCCCGUGCUUCGCGCACUGGUGUGGUCAAGGCACACUGGGAGAAGGAGGGUAUAGAGGCAAAGUGGCAAGAGAGCGCGUGGGCCAAGAAGCGCAGCCAGAAGGAGCGAAGAAAGGCACUCACGGAUUUCGAGCGAUUCAAGGUUAUGCGAUUGAGAAAGCAACAACGCUUCGAGGUCCGAAAGUCUUUGGCGAAGCUUAAGGCUGCGGCUUAG